ACAAGUCCUGUGAGCCCUAUAUAUCUGUGCUUGCUUGGUCUAGCGUUUCAUCAGUUCACUCUUCGUUGUAGCAGCUGGAGAUUCGUCUGCACCAAAGGGAGAAGGAAAGAUGGAAUCAGGAACGGAUCGGGUUGUAAAGCUGCUUGAAAAGACUGCGCAUAUGACGCCUGAUGAGCGUGAAACUUACCUGGCUAAUUUCCUGUAUUUUCCCCCGGGAACAAGCAAUGAACAGGUGAUCAAGACUUACAAUGAAUGGGCGCCAACAUAUGAGGAGACUCUGAGUGCAGGAGGUUACACAGCCUACCUGCUAGGCGCCGACGAAGUGACGUCUCGGGUACCAGAAGACCAGCGUCAUACCCUGAGGGUGUUGGAUGUCGCCGCGGGCACGGGAAGGGUGGGACUCGAACUCCGUAACAGAGGCUUCAAAUUAAUCGACGCACUUGAACCCAGCGAGGGAAUGAUGAAGCGUCUGGAAAAAACUGGAGUUUACACGAAGAAAUACUUAGAGUUUUUAGGCUAUGGGGCAAAAUCUGUUCCUAGUGACGCAUACGAUGUUCUCAUCUGCGCAGGAGGUAUGCUGGAGGGGCACAUACCCGCUAAGGGUAUUGAAGAUAUGAUAAGGGUAACUAAGCCUGGUGAGUCUUGUUUAUUUAGGUAUUAUCUGACAAAGAGGAGUUUAACUGGUGUCUCUCUACCCAUUUCUAAAAAGUAUUCUUGACUGUAAGUUUCUCGU